ACAAUUACUUAAGGAGGACCCCUGUACAUAGUUUUUACAAGUAAUGGAAUAUGAGAGUCCCGAACAUACUUCCAUUGUAGAGGAUCUUAUCACUUCUAAGAGGAGGACAGAUUUAUACAAAUUGUUAAGUGAAAAUGUUAGAAACCUUGACACCUCAUCAGACAGUAAAACUGGCAGCAAUAUUACAGAAAAUUGCCCACGACCUAGAAAAAAAAUUACCGAUACGAAGGCUGGUUUUUUCUAUGAAGAGGAUAUUUUAUUACUAACUAAAAAUACGAAAUUUUCCAGUAAACCUAAAAAGGUCAAAUCUGAGGAGCCUUUAUCUAAAGUUAAUUAUAAUAUAACUGGUGGUUUUAUUUGCCAAAACUGCCAAGGAAGUUUUGGUAGUUCUUUUCUUUUUAACUCCUUUGAAGUUCCCGUUUGCAACGAUUGUCGGAAGAUUGACAAAGAACAAGAAAAUUAUUAUUCUUUCAUAACCAAAACUCAGGCUAAGGAGGAAUAUUUAUUAACCGAAAAUGACUUGCAAUCUUUACGAUUUAUUAUUAAAAGAAAUCCUCAAGGAGCUAUAUUUGCUAGUAUGAAGUUAUAUUUAGCUUUUCAGGUUGAAGAAAUUUCCUUUCAAAGAUGGAAUGGCGAAAGUGGUUUGGACGAGGAAAUUGCUAGAAGACGGGAUGAAAGAAUUAAAAGGAAAAAAAUCAAAGCUAAAAAGGAACUAUUAGAGUUACGGAGGAAAACUGUCCCUAAAGUUUUAAUGAAGCAAAAAGAAGCGCAUGUACACGAAUUUGGAGAAGAAGUAUACGAUUCGGCUAAAGACCAGUUUUUAAAGACUUGUAAAAUAUGCAAGUUUACUCACUUUUAUGAAAAAAUGUAAACAUUCAGUUAUGUAAGAUUAA